CCGAGCGGAAGCGCCUUGAGCGGAAGCGGAAGUGAACGAGGCGGCUGUGGCGGUGGCUGAGGCGGCUGGGCCUAGGGCGCGGCGGGCGCGUCUGCGGCUGGUGUUGGCGCAUCUCUAGAUCCUUUCCCGGAGUUCAGUUAUGGGUGUGAGAGGUUUGCAAGGAUUUGUGGGAAGUACCUGCCCACAUAUAUGUACAGUAGUAAAUUUCAAAGAACUGGCAGAGCACCACCGAAGCAAGUAUCCUGGAUGUACCCCUACCAUUGUGGUUGAUGCCAUGUGUUGUCUCAGAUAUUGGUAUACUCCAGAAUCUUGGAUCUGCGGUGGCCAGUGGCGAGAAUACUUUUCUGCUUUGCGAGAUUUUGUUAAAACUUUUACAGCAGCUGGGAUCAAGUUGAUAUUCUUCUUUGAUGGCAUGGUGGAGCAGGAUAAGAGAGAUGAAUGGGUGAAACGAAGGCUCAAGAACAACAGGGAGAUAUCCAGGAUUUUUCAUUACAUCAAGUCACACAAGGAGCAGCCAGGCAGAAAUAUGUUCUUCAUCCCCUCAGGGCUAGCUGUGUUUACACGAUUUGCUCUAAAGACACUGGGCCAGGAAACUUUGUGUUCCUUACAGGAAGCAGAUUAUGAGGUAGCUUCCUAUGGCCUCCAGCAUAACUGUCUUGGGAUUCUGGGGGAAGACACUGACUACCUAAUCUAUGACACUUGUCCCUACUUUUCAAUUAGCGAGCUCUGCCUAGAGAGUCUGGACACCGUCAUGCUCUGCAGAGAGAAGCUCUGUGAGAGUCUGGGCCUCCGUGUGGCCGACCUUCCUCUUCUGGCCUGCCUCCUUGGUAAUGACAUAAUCCCAGAGGGCAUGUUUGAAAGCUUUAGGUACAAAUGCUUAUCAUCCUACACCUCUGUAAAAGAGAACUUUGACAAAAAAGGUAACAUCAUAUUAGCUGUGUCAGACCAUAUAUCGAAAGUUCUUCACUUGUAUCAAGGUGAGAAAAAAUUAGAAGAGAUAUUACCUCUGGGACCAAACAAAGCUCUUUUUUAUAAAGGAAUGGCAUCAUAUCUUUUACCAGGACAAAAAUCUCCAUGGUUUUUCCAAAAACCCAAAGGUGUAAUAACUUUGGACAAGCAAGUAAUAUCCAUGAGUUCAGACGCUGAAUCCAGGGAAGAAGUUCCCAUGUGUUCAGACCCUGAAUCCAGGCAAGAAGUUCCCAUGUGUACAGGCGCUGAAUCCAGGCAAGAAGUUCCCAUGUGUACAGGCCCUGAAUCCAGGCGAGAAGUUCCCAUGUAUACAGACUCUGAACCCAGGCGAGAAGUUCCCAUGUGUUCAGACCCUGAAUCCAGGCAAGAAGUUCCCGUGUGUACAGGCCCUGAAUCCAGGCAGGAAGUUCCCAUGUGUUCAGACCCUGAACCCAGGCAAGAAGUUCCCAUGUGUACAGGCCCUGAAUCCAGGCAAGAAGUUCCCAUGUAUACAGACUCUGAACCCAGGCAAGAAGUUCCCAUGUAUACAGGCCCUGAAUCCAGGCAAGAAGUUUUAAUAUGGACAGACCCUGAAUCUAGGCAAGAAAUUAUGUGUACAGGCCAUGAAUCCAAACAGGAAGUUUCCAUAUGUACAGAUCCUAUAUCCAAGCAAGAAGACUCCAUGUGUACACACCCUGAAAUCAAUAAAAAAUUACCUGUAGCAACAGAUUUUGAAUUUAAGCUAGAAGCUCUCAUGCGUACAAACCCUGAAAUUAAACAAGAAGACCCCACAAAUGUGGGGCCUGAAGUAAAGCAACAAGUAACCAUGGUUUCAGACACUGAAAUCUUAAAGGUUGCUAGGACACAUCACGUCCAAGCAGAAAGCUACCUGGUGUACAACAUCAUGAGCAGUGGAGAGAUUGAAUGCAGCAACACCCUAGAAGAUGAGCUUGACCAGGCCUUACCCAGCCAGGCCUUCAUUUACCGUCCCAUUCGACAGCGAGUCUACUCACUCUUACUGGAGGACUGUCAAGAUGUUACCAGCACCUGCCCGGCUGUCAAGGAGUGGUUUGUGUAUCCUGGGAACCCACUGAGGCACCCGGACCUCGUCAGGCCACUGCAGAUGACCAUUCCAGGGGGAAUGCCUAGUUUGAAAAUAUUAUGGCUGAACGAAGAGCCAGAAAUACAGGUUCGGCGCUUGGACACACUCCUAGCUUGUUUCAAUCUUUCCUCCUCAAGAGAAGAGCUGCAGGCUGUCGAAAGCCCGUUUCAAGCUUUGUGCUGCCUCUUGAUCUACCUCUUUGUCCAGGUGGACACUCUUUGCCUGGAGGAUUUGCAUGCGUUUAUUGCGCAGGCCUUGUGCCUCCAAGGAAAAUCCACCUCGCAGCUUGUAAAUCUACAGAGACUUUCCAAUAUUUAUCCAGAAUUUUCACAGGCAAGAGAGAAGAGAGGUUUGUGGCUGCGUUUGAACCUAGGAAAGGACUUUGAGAACUCAGGAUGCCUGGAACCAGCUGUGCAGUGUGUCUGCCUCCUGGACUUGGCAGCAGGGCCCCACUUUCACUGACUUUGCCCAUAGUCCUCAUAAUUGUAGUAGGUGUCGCCUGCUACAGAUCCUGAUACAUGUUUGAGAAAAUGUGAUCUCUAUGAGGAAGCAAGAAAAGGUAAGAAGGACCAUAGCAGAAAGCAGAGAAUUCUGAGUCCAGUUUGGAGAGAGUGAGGAAGUCAGCUGGAAAGGUCUCUCAUGAUAAAGGAUCCACGUGUUGCCAGCAGUGCUGGGGCAGGCCCCGGGGCUGAACCCGCCACUGGAUGUAACCUGUGGCACUCCUCGGGUGACCUUUGCCUCAGCAAACUUAGGGUAGUUUUUUUUUUUUUUUUUUCCUGCUCCCAUACCUGACUCCUAGAUAGGAGGUUUCUCUUGUCCUGGAGAAUCUUGAGAGAAGUAUGUCUAUGUUCUUGGAAUCAGGAGAGCUCAGUUACUUGGGGGUGGAAACUGAGUCUUUUAUAAUUUCCAUGGAACCUUUGCACCUUGUAGGUACUCAAUAAUUAAUUGUCAGUUUGCUGAAUAUAUCCAUAAAUCUUAUACUUAGAGUUUAUGCUAUAAUGCUGGUAGAUGUAUUUUAUCUUCAUGAAUAAGAAUCUUUCACAUGUAACUUAUUUUUCUACAGCAGAAGCAAAUUUCAGGAUGUAAUUUCAAUUUUACAAAAAAUGUACCUUUUUUGAAUAUAGCAAUCUAAUUUCUCUUUUAAACCCGUUCUGUGAGUCGGCAGAAAUUUAUCACAGAGGCAUUGCAGAGGUGAGACGGAGACUCUCAGUUGCCCUUGGGCUGUCCUGGCCCUGCUCUCUGCACCUCACAGACUUCCCCAGCAGGGCGGCCCUCAGGCCCUGUGUCCUCCUGCUCCCACAUGCGCUAAGUGGCACCUUAGGGGGCCCUUGCUGCCCAGACACUCCAUGCAGACCUUUCUUUUCUGAGAUGCAGCUACGUCCCCAAGCUCUUUGUGGAAGGCAGGGAAAGUGAUGGUCUGCUCUAAGAUGCCCCAGCCACCUGAGGGUCCAUCACCCUCCCUCUGGGGGGUGAGGCAGAAGACCCCGUUUCUGUAGGGCUCCCAGUUUCUCUGUGCCCCUGGUUUCCUCUCCCUCUUUCCUGGUCCCAGGAGCUGCUGUCCAGUCGUGCUCUGGCAGAUCUGAGUUCUUUGAAGUUCUUCUGGGGGUUAGACCUAAACUCAGAAGCCAGAACUCGGUAAUAUUACCCUCUCCAGUUAGUUGUCUGAUCCUGUACCUGUCAUUGUGGGAUGUCCUAAAUGACUAAAGAGGGUGGGGCAAGGCAGUAAAGGGGAAGAACAGCAGAACUGCAGUCAGCAGUUCAGAUAUUACCCCACUGCAUUUCUUAUAAAGAUUCGCCUUCUAACACCUUUAAGGACUUGUUUUCCUUAACAUUCUUUUAAACUUGGUUUCUUCCUGUAGCUUUACAUGUAUAAAUACAAUUAUUCCUAUUCAUCAUUAUGCUGAGGUCUCAGGAUGGUUGUGCGUCUCUAACAGAUGGGAGAUGCUGCAGUAGAAUUUGCAGCACUUAGCCCUGUGUGCAGGCAGGAGUCAACACUGAGCCACCGCCACACCAAGCAAGAAAUGGUGUAUAUAUAUCUCAAUACGGACGGAUGGAUAGACAGACAUUAUUUAGACAAAGUCACAUAAACUAUACAGUUCACCCAUUUAAGGUGUACAAUUUAAUGGCUCUGAACACAGAGUUGUUGUUCAGCCACAAUCAAUUUUAGAACCUUUUUGUCACCUCAAAAAGAAACCUCUACCUCUUAUGCAGUUUCCCUCCCCCCAGCCCCAGCCCCACACUCCUCAGCCCCUGUCUACCACUCAUCCAUUUUCUGCCUCUGUAGAUUUCUUUGUUCUGAACAUUUCAUAAACAUGACAUCGCACAGUUUGUGGCCUUUCGUGUCUGACGUCAUUCACUGAGCACUGUGUUUCCCAGGUUCUCAAUGGCUGAGGGUUGUGUGGAUGGACGAUGUUUUGUUUGUCUGUCAUCAGCUGAGAGACACUUGGUAGUUUCACUUUUUGACCCCGUGAAUAACACUGCUAUGAACCUUUCUUUACAAGUGUUUGUGUGGACCUGCUUAGCAAUUUCCUUAAAUAUGUGGAAUGACAUCCCCCUCGGAUGUUAGUAACUAAAGCUUUGCUGUUUUUUUGAUAUGUACCUUUUGCCAUGAUAAGAAGCUGUCAUUGAAUUCAGGAAUUUCAAGAAUUGUGUGUAAAAAACAUUUGGAAUAAAAACCUCCACCUUAAGAUGCAAAAGGGAAAAAAGGAAAUUCUCCAGAAAGAUUAAUUGAAGAAGAAAAAGCAAAAAGCAUCUCACAGUCAGCACUUGUCAAAUGAGGCCUGGUGGUCAGAGCCCCCUCUGUGCUCCUAGCACGUGAGUCUUCAGGAGUCAGGCCUUGAAGAGCGUCUGCCAUUCGUUCCGAGACAGGAAGUAAGAGAUGAUUGGCCAGGAGGCUGCAGCUGCAGGUCGCAAGAGCAGCGUCUGGCACCAGCUGCCACCCUCAGGCUUGGAGCAGAGAAGAGAUGGAAACCAAAUAACCAAGGGCCUGGCUCAGGACCUUCACGCAGUUUUCAAGAAAUUCAUCUUUUCUUGCUGUUGUUUUCCUUGUGUUAAGUGAGUCAGGAAAUUGAAAAACAGAAAAAAUAAGCGUGAAAGUAGGUAGUUGACUCUCAGAUUUAUUCAGUUAUUUUUAAGGAGUUUAUCUUACUGAUAUGGGUAAAAUAAAAUUUUUAUGAGGAAUAAUGAGAGCUUAUUUUCUAUCUAGACAUACAGUGUCUUGUUUCGCCAUUUGAUAAGAGCAUGGUGCAUGUGGUCUGAGUGAUUUGUUUACUCUCAGCUUUAAUUAAACUUUUUUUUAAGAAUGAUUUUUUAUACUUGAUUUAGUCUUAAAAGCUAAGAAAGCCUCAAUUCAGGUACUGCUUACACACAAUUUUAAUUAUAUUAAUGUUAAAAGAGUGAUCAAAUCUAUUAGGAGUCACUGAGAUUAGUAUUUCAGAGGUAUCUAAUGAAAGCGGUUUGACUAAUGUAAAUUAUUCCAAGAUGAUGGUAGUAUCUACAGGGGUGGGGGGUGGGAUUUAAAUUCAGCCUUGCCUGGCUGUGCUCCUGUCUCAUCCGGCUCUGUGAUUCUUUGAAUGUGAGCGCAUUCUUAGAAGAUAGUCUAAUUUUAUGAACUGACAGUUGUAACUCAGAGCCGUGCUGUUUCCUUAGGUAAAUACUGUGUGGGCUUUAGACAGCUGUCAGAUACAACAUGGGAAUCUCAGAUGAAUACAGGUGUUAACUGCAGUGCUGCUGGGUUGGUGGGUUCUGCCCUCAUGGAGCAUCUUUACCAACAUGGGAGGUUUUGGCUCCUCCUGCCCCUGCUCAAGGAGGCUGAGGAGUAGCUGGACAUGAGUAGAAGCUGGACCGGCGCUCGCUUACAUUCUGUAAGACUGUGCCCAACUACAAUCGGAAGACUUCUAGUGAAGAGAAAGAAUUUUAGUUAUAAAAUCAAAGUAGGCCUUUUGGACCAAAGAAAAUCAGUUUAUUUUUGCUGUUUUGUUUACUAAUAAAUAACAAUGUAUUCAUAAUGUUUUCCCUCUGUUUAGAUUUCCACCAACUUGUAGGACAAGCACCCUGAUGAAGCAAUAUCUGAAACUUAAAAUAGCAGUUUUGUUCAUAUAAGUAUCAUUUUACAUAACUGCCAAUAAACCCUAGUAAAUGAACCUUCCUUAGCAUAUAAACACAAAAACAGUUGAGCUGUUUACUGUUAAAUAUUUACUGUCAGGCUUUAGGAACUUUAAGAACUGGUUUUUCCAGUUUCCUGGUUCCCAUCAGAUGCCCUGGGACCCUGGACUGAGCAGGAAGAGCUCAGCUUUCCUUGUCUUUUAUUGCAGAGCACCUUAAACCCUAUUUCCAAAAUACAGGCUACUUUUAUUUACGAAUUUUAUUCAUUGGGUUGGACAAGCCAAAGGCCAUACCUUUCAGUCAUAUUGAAGCGGUGAUAUGAGCCUUAGACCUGGGGCCAACCCUCUGUCACGCUGACUUGGGCUCCCAGAAUGUUCCCUAAAUUCCAGAGUUCCUUAGGGAAGGAGAGUCACCAGGUGACUUUCUCUGUUGCUGAAAAGAUAACCUCAGAUCCUCAGAUUUUACUCCUGCAGCCUGUGAAAAUGUUCUGUCUCCCCAUGUAACCCCAGUUAGCUUAAAUUAGUUGUUUUUUUCUGUUUGAUUAGUAAUUUGAAAAUUGGCCUUUGUUACCAAGCUUUUCACAAGUCCCAAGGUUACUGCACAGUGUUUUUGGUAUGGACCUCCUCACAGAAAUUUGCUGAGAAGAGGUGUAAUUUACUUUAUAAAGCUUACGUUAUAAUUAGAAAAGUAGAAGCACAAGGCAAACAGGCCUGAGAAGCACUUUUAAAGUAUAUUCUCUGGGAAAUAAGAAUUUUGCAAUGAACACACUUUUAAAAUAGUAUCUUCUGUCUCCCAGACCUCCAGAAGCACAGGAAAAGAGCAUAGGUGUUUUUGUUGAUGCCGGACAUAAAUGCCCAGGUACCAAAUCACGGAAUACGCAAACCCAGCAUCCCAGAGCCCCCAGCACCAACACGGUGCUGCUGCCAUGCCAGAUCAUUCCUCAGUUCUACCUGGAUUAUUUACACGGUGCUGCUGCCAUGCCAGAUCAUUCCUCAGUUCUACCUGGAUUGUUUACAUGGUGCUGCUACCAUGCCAGAUCAUUCCUCAGUUCUACCUGGAUUUUUUACCCUCACUUCUGCUUAGAGUAGCAGCAAAAGAAAGCCUUGUUGAGGAAACUGAAUGUCUAUAAAAAGCGUCUUGGGUUAAACUUACCCUCUGGUCCUGACACCACUCCCCGCAGUAGGUUCUCUGACUUGGCAAGAGCACGUCUCAGGUUGUGUCCUACUGGCUCCUCGCCCCUCAAAUCCUCCAUUGGUUGUUUUGCCCAUUUUGGAUUUGAUCAUAUGUGUAACUCUUUGAGGUAGAGAAAUAAAAGAGGUAAAUUACAUGUAAAUUGUGAAAUGGGAGCAUGGCAAGUUUGGUUGACUUUUAGCUUGAAUGAACCUGACAGAAGUCGGUGUAUUUAGGAAGAACAGGGUGAACUGGUAUGGGCCCAGCAAGUUCUGUUUCAGCCGUUUACUCUGCCUGAGAUGAGAUCUCAUUGCUUCUUGAUGCUCUUGCACCAGGAGUUGGCAAGUUCCUGCUUGGAACAGAAUUGUUUAAUGUUUAUUGUUGACUUGUUGAGGCUUUAUUUCACUGAAAAACUUACCCAUACAUAACACUUGUUCAGAGCACACCCUGACUUCUAAGAAUGAACACGUCUGUCAUUUAGGCCAGGUUAUUUUCAAGAGCAAACUUUUCAGUUUUCAGUAUGGGAAAUAAUCACCUUUCUUCUUCCCUUCACUCAGUGUUAGUGCCAUGAAUAGGGCAUUGUUGGUCGAGUGUCUGACCCAGGAUGGCAUCUGUUAGAUGAACUGGUGAUGUCACUUUACAUUCCUAAGGAAUAUUCACCUGUCCUUGUUGCAGCAUGUCAUAGCAGCUUUACCUACGAAGGGCCUUCAGAGCACAUCAGUAGAUGAUAGUUUGGUGCCAUCUGUCAUUAUUUCCAUUAUACUUUAAUUUCUUGAGGAUAGGACUUCCACAUUUGCACCUGGUUCAGUAGUUGUCAGCUGUUGGUGACUGAGCUGAACCAAAUCCAAUUCUUCAUUGCACAGAUGAGAUCGCCACAACCCACAGAAGUGGCAUCACCUGCUUUCAGCCCCUUGGCCAGGUGGUGAGAGAGCUGGGGCUUCCAGUUCAGGGCUCCCUCUGCUAUAACUCAGGGAUGGUCCCUAAGCUGGUGGUUAAAGUGUUCAUAUGAAGUAGGUCCAAUCUGUGGUUGUUGCUGUAAUCAGUGUGUCAGCACAGAGUUCCGCAAUUUCAGUAUCUUUCUAAAUAACCGACUGUGGAAUGUUUGUAAUCACACAGCACAUAGGCAACAGGGGCUCACAAAGCAAAGGCCUUGUGAAGUAAGUCCAUUCCUUCAGGGUGGAAACUGACUGUUGGCAAAACACAGUUCUUAGGUUAUCUGUUGUUCUUAACAACAAGCAUCUCAGGUCAGGGUAGGCUUAUUGUGGUUUGCUUUUGCCUACAAAGGACGUAUGUUGAGUAAGAAUCUUGGCCUAUUACACAGUAAGUCAAUAAUUGUGUCCUCGCAAAUAAGCAUUGUGUUCUAAAAUGGAAUCAGCAUAUUUCCUUAUAAAGACACUUCCACUCAUUCAUUAAUUGAGCAGCCCCUGUUGAUAGAGAAUCAGUAUAUCGUGUUCUGAUAUUUAAUCAGCAAACUCAUUUAUUCAGUAGAAAUUUGAAUUCCUGUGAUGUGCCAGACUUGUGAGGAGGGGUACAGAGAAGAUAUGGCAAGGAGGCCCUUCAGAGAGCUCAGAGUCCUAAGAAAGUAAGUACAGUGGGCGAGAACUGCAUAGGAAACGCACAGGGCACGGUGAGAUGCAGGGACGAGGGAUGGCCCCCGUCUGGGCAUAGAAGGUGUCUCAGAGACUCCAAGGAGGAAGUGACUUCUGGACUAGAUCGAUAAAGGGUGGGUAGGAUUUAAUGAGUCAGAGGUAAGAACAAGGGAAGGAGCGGGACUGUUUCUGAAGAGAGAGCAUAGAAAUUCCCUGGGGUGUUUGGGAACCACAGAUGGGUGGCCCUAAAAAAGCCAGAGAAUUCAGUGAGGAGCCUUGCCCAGAUACACGGGGAGCUGUAAUGAAUUACCUGGGACAGCAGAACUGGAGGUGAAGAUGAAGAGAGAGAUGGCAGGUCAUGUUCAGGAAGUGAAAUUGCUAGGCCCUCAUCAUGAUUACAGCAUGAGAUACAAAGAGGAGGCCCUAGUGUGGUUACUAUUUCUCUAGUUCGGGUCUCUAAGGUAGGUUAACAGACAAGGGGAGGAGGUGAUGAAGUCAGCUUUGUGAGGACUGUGUAUGAGAUCUGUUUCCAGACAGUUGGAUAUGCAAGUGUGAAGCUUGGAAGAGUUUGGCAUUGAAGAUUUGGGAAGCAUAAGACAUAUGUCUUUGUAAAUAGAUAAGAAUGAGGUUCAGUUGAGAGAUGUACGUAUAGAGUGAUAAGGACAGUAAGCCAAGGGAAAUAACACCUUCAUUGAAGAACCAGCAGAAAGACAGUGAACACAGAGAUCAUAGUGUCGAGGAACACGGGGGUGGGGGGAAGGGGAGCAGCGGGGCGUUAGAGGAAUGGUAGAGCAGAGAGCGCUGGCAUGCGGGGACGACCACGUGCAGCAGAGCGGUAUGCAAGAAAAGACCGGUCAGUACCCACUGGGCCUGAACCUUGGUCACUGCUCACCUUGUUGAGAACAAUUCCAGGAGAUUGGAGGAGCGGAGGCUGAUUGGAGUGGUUUGGUGUACGGAUGAGUGGUGAGGCAGGAGAGACAGUGAGAUCAUCUUUUGAGGCGUUCGAAUGUGAACCGAAAAUCUGGACUACCCAGAUAACAUGGAGAGGAAGAAGGAGCGCCUGCUUGGUAAGAAAUAGACGUCUGAGUGCUUGGCACAGGGGUUUGGGUAACCCCCUAGAGAAGAGGAAGAAGUGCCUGUUUCUGUGUAGAGCAAGUGCAGAAUGCCACUUUGUGCUUUGCACACGUCCCUAAACCCAGACGCCUGGGAGAGCACGAGCUCACGGCUGCUCUGUGCUGUGCGCACGAGUCCCUAAUCCCAGAUGCCUGGGAGAGCACCGGCUCACGGCUGCUCUGUGCUGUGCGCAUGAGUCCCUAAUCCCAGAUGCCUGGGAGAGCACCGGCUCACGGCUGCUCUGUGCUGUGCGCAUGAGUCCCUAAUCCCAGAUGCCUGGGAGAGCACCGGCUCACGGCUGCUCUGUGCUGUGCGCAUGAGUCCCUGAUCCCAGAUGCCUGGGAGAGCACCGGCUCACGGCUGCUCUGUGCUGUGCGCAUGAGUCCCUAAACCCAGAUGCCUGGGAGAGCACCGGCUCACGCUGCUCGGUGCUAUGCGCACGCGUCCCUGAUCCCAGAUGCUUGGGAGAGCACCAUUCAUUCUGGAUGGCAGAGAAACCCUUAGAAUAGAGCAGUUAACUGAGAAGUUGAAACCAAAAGGGAAAUGUUUAUGUUUUGAGUCAGUCAGCCCUUUUCAAGCUAUGACUUUUUUUUACCAGCUUAAUGUUUAUUUCUUGGUUUAGAGUUUGUAUUAAUACCCUGAUCGAGUUGCCAUAAAAUGCUCAUUUCUGUCUGUGGAAUUUUCCUUGGUUCACACACUCUGCUGACUUCCAUCAGAGAUCACAGCCCAGGUGUUGAAAGAACGCUCCUGCCGUUUAUUUAUUUAUUAAUCUUUACCAUACCCAGAAUAGCUGUAGCACAUCUGAUCUAAGUUUUCUUUCUAUAAGGAUUCUUUAACCCCGAGCAGUUUCUAAGAGGAACUUGAGACUUGAGAGCCCAGGGCUUUUGGUUUGGGCUUGACCUGUGGACACCUGGCACACACCCUGCCACCCUCUAGAAGGAUGUGUAACUCAGAGUCCUCUUCACCGUCACCCCUCCCUGAGGACUUGUUCCCGUUCAUGUCCCACAGUAAAGUUUCUUGUCAGUUCAUUCCGUUUGUUGAAAACAAUAAAAAAAUACGUUGAGCGCCUAUUCUGUGCCAGACUCUGUGAAGAGAAUGGGUAUCAGUGAGAGACGCCAGCCCUUGUCGGAUCUGCAGCCCAGUGGGGGAAAGAGACAGGAAGCAGGAAGCAGAACCACAUCCUAGCAGGGGAAAUGGACAGGAAGCAGGAAGCAGAACCAGGAAGCGGUGGCGUAGACGGGCCUGCAAAGGGGCAGCCAGUGCCCUGGAAAGCAGAGAAGCAGGGCUGAGCCUUGAGCUCCUGGUUGUGGACGGGGUGGGCUGCACCUGAGCCCUCAGCUUCCGGUUGUGGGCAGGGUGGGCUGCACCUUUAUUUGGCCACAUUAAAAAGGGGCUAUUUGAGCUAAGACUUGAAAAAAUAAGAGAAUUAACUAUUCAGCUUUCUGGGAGAAGAGCGUGCUAAGUAGAUGGCCAGUGCCAGGUAGAUGGCCAGUGGGGGUGUACCUGUGUCAGGCAAAUCAGGAAGAGCAAGGGACGGGGCCAGAGCCAUGGGCCCAGGCAGCCUGGUGAGGGGUUUCUCUGGCGUUUAUUCUGAGGGAAAUGGGAACCUUGCUCAAGACUUGGAACGAAGGAAUGACAUGACCCAACUCACCUUUUGGAAGGAUCAGCCUGCUGGCUCUGUUAAAACUAGGCUAUAGUGUAGGGGUCCUUUAGUGGGGAUCUAUGGUCUGAGACAGGAAAAAAUAUACCUGUGUUUUCACUAACUUCCAACUGAAAUUUAUCAUUUCCUUUAUGAUAUAGUCAAUAAAACAGUAAUAACACAGCACCUGUGAUUUUGUUACCAAUAGAAAUCAGAUAUUUUCAUUACAGUUGGAGAAGUCCUCAUAUAUUGUUUACUCUUAUCAUUUUCUCAAAACUGUGAUUGUUAGACCCAUUGCUAGGUCUUAGGUACAGUUUUUACAGGUUGAGUAUGUCUUAGCCAAAGUGCUUGGGACCAGAAGUGUUUCAGAUUUCUGAAUAUUUCAUUAUACUUACCAAUUGACCAUCUCUAAUCCAAAAACCUGAAAUCCUAAAAGCUCCAGUGAGUAUUUUGUUUCAGCGUCAUGUCAGUGUUCAAAAAGUUUUGGAUUUGGGAGUAUUUCAGAUUCUGUAUUUUUAGAAUAGGGGUGCUCAACCUAUAUAAAAAGGGGGCUAAAUUACUGUAUCUUACAUUUGAUUUUUAUAUUAUUUUGAAAACUGUCUCAUAAUUCAUUUCUUUAUAAAUCUGUGUAUUUUAUUACACACAUUAACUGUUGUUCUAAGAAAGUGUUCAUAGGCUUCCUCAGGCUGCCAGAAAGAUUCAUAAUACAAAAGAGAUUUUGUUUGUUUGUUUUUCCAAAUUAACCUAUCCAUCACCUUCCAUAGUUACCUUUUGUGUAUGUGUGUGUGGUAAAAGCACCUAAAAUCUACCCUCUAGGCAGAUUUUCGGUAUACAGUAGAGUGUUAUUAACUCUAGUCCUCGUGCCAUGCAUUAGAUCUCUCCAGACCAAUUCAUCCCACAUAACUGCAACUCUGUCCUUGGACUCACUUCUUCCCAUUUCCUCCCUCACCCAGUAACUCCCAUUCUGCUCUCUGUUUAUAUGUAUUUGGCAUUUUCAAGAUUCCACAUGCAGGUGAGAUUGUGCGGUAUUUGUCUGACUUUGCCUGACUUAUUUCACUUAACAUAAUGUUCUGCACUUCCAUCUGUGUUGUUACAACAUGACAGGAUUUUUUUCUUUUUUUUUUAAUAGCUGAACAGUAUUCCAUUCCGUAUAUGUACUGUUUUCUUUAUCCAUUCAUCGGUUGAUAGAUGCUUAGGUUGGUUCUGUGCUUUGGCUGUUGUAUAGAGUGCUUCAGGAAACAUGGGUGCAGAUAUCUCAUCAACAUACUGAUUUCAGUUGCUUUGGGUCUAUACCUACAAGUGAGAUUGCUGGGUCAUAUGGUAGUUCCAUUUUUAGGCUUUUGAGGAACCUCCAUACCGUUUUCUAUAAUGGCUGUGCCAAUUUACAUGCCCACCAACAGUGUACAAGGGUUCCCCUUUCUCCACAUCCUCACCAGCACUUAUCUCUUGUCUUUUUUGAUGAUAGCCAUCCUAGUACAUGGUGAGGUGAUUUCACACCGUGGGUUUGAUUUGCUUCUCCUUGCUGAUUAGUGUUGGACACCUUGCGUAUGCCUGCUGACCAUUUGUGUACUAUCAUCUUUAGAGAAAUGUCUAUUUGUGUCCUUUGCACAUGUUUUAAUUGGGUUGUUUUUUGCUGUCGAGUUGUGUGAGUUCCUUACAUAUUUUGGAUGUUAGCCCCUUAUUUAGAUGCAUGGUUUGCAAAUAUUUUCUCCCAGUCCAUAGACUGCCUUUUCAUUUAUUUCAUUGGUCACUUUGCUGUUCAGAAGCUUUGCUUUGUGAGGUAGUCCCACUUGUUUAUUUUUGCUUUUCUUGCCUGAGCCUUGGGGGGGUCAUACUCCAAAAAUGAGCUAUAGAGAGAAACAGUUUUGGAGCUGCCUCCAGGAAUAGAAGACUGAGAUAAUUUGGACUCACUUUCUGGUUGAAGACAAGUAGAAAAGCUAGCAAAACAUUUUUUAAAUAAAGCUAUUUGAAGGUAUCAAUGAACUGAAAAGGUAAUAAAGAAGUGCCAUGUCAAGAUCCUCUAGAAGACAGAGAUCAAGGGAGGUCAGCUUGGCAUUAGGAACCACUUAUGCUCUGAUGUGUUUGCCUGUCAAGAAGUAAGAAAACACAAAUUAGUACUACUAGGGAUAAGGCAGGGGAUAUUACUAUAGACCCUUCUAAGAAGAAAGGGAAGCACUGCAAACAACUCUACACACAUGCGUUCAACAACUUAGAUGUAGGGGCCAAAUCUCAGAAAAGCACAGGUGACCACAACCCCCCAAUACCAAACAGGUUCUUUGAAGAACUUCAUAACUGUUAAAGAAAUUGAAUCCAUAGUUUGCAAACUCCCCUCAAAAGACGUCUCUAGCCCAGAGGUGUCACUCGGUAAUUUACUAUAUGUUUAAAGAAGAAUUAAUGCUAGUUCUACAGUGUCUUCCAGAAAAUACAAGAAGAUAGACCAUUCCCCAGUGAGGCCAGUAUUACCCUGACACCCAAACCAGACCAAAAAAAAAAAAAAAAAAAAGUGCAAAACAGAAAACUACAGGCCGUUAUCCCUUUUGAACAUAGACACAAAAAUCUUUAACAAAAUAUGAGUGAAUCAAAUCCAGCAAUUAAUUAUACACCAUGACCAAGUGGCUGGUUUAGUACUUAAAAAUCAGUCAGUGAAUUAACAAAAUAUGAGUGAAUCAAAUCCAGCAAUUAAUUAUACACCAUGACCAAGUGGCUGGUUUAGUACUUAAAAAUCAGUCAGUGAAACCCUCCAUAUUAAUAGAUUAAGGAAGAAAAGUCACAUGAUCAUAUGAAUCAUUCAGAAAAAGGAUUUGACAAAAUUCAGUGCACAUUCAUGGUAAAAAAAAAAAAAAAAAAAAAACUUUCAGAAAAAUGAUAAUGGAGGAGAUCUUUCUCAACUUGAUAAAGAACAUCUACAAAAGUCCCUACAGCCAAUGUAACACAUAAUAGUAAAAGACUAAUUGCUUUUCCUCAAUAUCAGGGAUAUUAGGGACAGAGAUGUCUGCCCUCACCACUCUUAUUCAACAUAGUGCUGGAAGUUCUGUCUAGUGCAGUGAGGAAAGAAAAGGAAAUAAAAAGCAUGUAGACAAAAAAGAAGGAAACAAAACUGUCUCUAUUUGCAAAUGACAUGAUUCUCUAAAUAAAAAAUCCCAAGGAAUCUACAAAAAAACUAGAGCUAGGUCGGGUGUGGUGGCUCAUGCCUGUAAUCCCAGCACUUUGGGAGGCUGAGGUAAGAGGAUUACCUAAACCAAGAAGUUCAAGACCAGCCUGGGCAACAUAGUAAGACCCCCAUCUCUACAAAAAAUUGAAAAAUUAGCUGGAUGUGUUAGCUACUCAGGGAGCUGAGGUGGGAGGGAUUGUUUGAGCCAGAGAGGUCAAGGCUCUAGUGAUUCAUGAUCACACCACCAUACUCCAGCCUGGGCAACAGAGUGAGACCCUGUCUUUAAAAAAAAAAAAACUAGAUCUAGUGAGAGUUCAGCAAGGCCUCAAGCUGCAAGACCUAUACACCAAAAAUCACUUGCAUUUCUAUAUACUAUUAAUGAACAUAUGGAAACCUAAAUUUAAAAGAUAGUACCACUUAACAAUUGUUUCACAAAAAUGAAUUACCUGGGCAUAAAUCAAAUAAACAUAUACAGGAUCUAUAUGCUAAAAAUUGCAAAAUACUGAUAAAAGAAAUCAAAGCAAACCCAAAUAAGUGGAGACACAUACCGUGUUCAUGUACUGGAAGGCUCAGCAGAGAGGUGGGUUCCCUCCAGACUGAUGUACAGGUUUGAUGUACUUGCUAGCAAAAAUCCCAGCAAAGUAUAUUUUUGUAGAUACGCAAGAUUAUUCUAAAAUUUACAUGGAAGGGCAGUGAAACUAAAAGUCACGAAAAUAAUCUUGAAAAAGAAUAAUAAAAUACGCAGAAUCACUGUACUUGAUAACAUACCUUGCUAUAACUGCAGUAAUCAAGACAGUGUAGUGUUGGUGAAGGGACAGACACAAGGUCAGUGAAACAUAAUAGAGAACCCAGACGUAGACCCACGCAAGUACCACCAGCGGAUUUGGACAAGGUGCAAAAGCAACUCACUGGAGGAAGGCAGCCUAUUUAGCCAAUGUGACUGGAGCAUUGGAUACCCAGAAGCCAAAAAAAAGAAAAAGAAAAAACAAAAGAACCUUGUCUUUGGCCUCACACUUUUAAAAAUUAACUCAAAUGGAAAAUGAAAUUAAAUGUAACACAUAAAAACUAUUACACUUUUGGGAAAAAAAUAGAAGAUCUUUGGUAUCUAGGGUCAGGCAAAGAGUAUAGACUUCAUACCAAAACCAUAAUCUAUAAAAGGAAAAGUUGAUAAAUUGGAAACAUUUUUAAUUCAACAUUUUAAAUUCAAAAUUAAAAAUGUCUCUCUAUUAGGAUAAGGAAAAGACAAGCUACUGCCAGGGAGAAAGUAUUUGCAAACCUCCUGUCUGACAGAGAUCUUAUACCUAGAAAAUAUAAAGAAUCUCAGAACUCAACAUUAAAAACAAUCCAAUUAGAAAGUAGGCAAAAGACAGACAUUUUACCAAAGACAUUCAGAUGGUAAAUAAGUACAUGAAAAGUUGUUCAACAUAAUUAACCAUUAGGGAAAUGCAAAUUAAAACCACAGUGAGAUAUCACUACACACAGAUUAGAGCAGCUAAAAUUAAAAAUAAAAUAGUGACACCACCAAAUUCUGGCGAGGAUGCGAUCCUUAUACACUAGCCUCUUACAUGGCUGGUGUCGGUCACUCUGGAAAACAGUUUGGCAGUUUCUUAAAAAACUAAUAAUGCACUUGCCAUCUGAACUAGCAAUCACACGCCUGGGCAUUUAUCCCAGAGAAAUGAAAACUUAGGUUCAUUCAAAAACCUGUGCAUGAAUAUUCAUAGCAGCUGUAUUUGUAGUAGCACAGGUUGGAAACAACCCAGAUGUCUUGAAAUGGACGAAUGUUUAACAGGCUGGUGCAUCCAUGCCAUGAAGCACAACUCGGCAAUAAAGAGGAAUGAGUGGCUGGUGCUUGGUGAGUGGCUGGCGCUUGGAACCACCUGAAUGGAUCUCAAGGGCAUUAUACUGAGUAAAAAAGCCAAUCCCAAAAGGUCACAUAUUACAUGAUUCUAUUUAUGUUACAUUCUGAAAAUGACAGGAUAAAGAGAUGGAUAACAGAUUACCAGUUGCCAGGGAUUUGGGACAGCACAAGGGAGGUCUUAUGUGGAGAGACAGUUUUGUUUCUUGAUGGUAGUGGCAGGGGCUACACAAACCCACCAGGUUUUGAAAUUGCCUAGAACCUGAAUAAGGAUUGUGGAUGGCACUGAUGCCAGCUUCCUGGUUUGGAUAUUACCCUGUAGUAUGUCAGAUGUUACCAUUGGUGAAGGACACAUGGGGCCCUCUAUCCUAUCUUUGUCAAUUCCUGUGAAUCUAUAGUCAUUUCAAAAUAAAAAUUAAAAAAUAAAUCACCAACCAAACAGAUACCUAAGGUCUCAGGGACACUGGGAAAUUAAAAGUUUUAGGACAGUAAAAGCUGUUCCAUGCAGCUGCUAACCCAAAGAAACCAGUGUGCCUGCAUCAGAAGUGGACUUCAGGUAGAAACAGCCAUGAGAGGAAGAAGGGACACUUGAGAAGAAAGAUCAGCGCCCCAGGAUUAUUUCCAGAUUCUCUAGAUCUGUAAGUUAGUAUGCACAGCUUCCAGAUGCAUCAGAUGAAAACUGACACAACUGAAAAACGAAGCAGACACAUCUGUAAUCACAGUGGGACGUGUGAGCACAGGGGUCCACAAACUGUAGCCAGUAGGCCAAGUCUGGCCUUUGGCCUGCUUUUGUGUGGGUCUGUGAGCUAAGAAUGCUUUUGGGGGUUUUUUAAGGGUUGGUUUAAAAAAGAAUAUCUAACAGAAACUGUAGGGGGCCAGUGAAGCCUAAACUCUUCACUGUCUGGCCCCUGCAGAGGAAGUCUGUGGAGCUUUAACAAAGCCUCUCUCAAGAGCUGAUAGGACAAACAGACAGAAGGUUAGUAUGGAUUCGAAUUUUUGAACACAUUUUGAACACAGUGAACACACUCAUCCUAACGGACAUAUAGAAUCCUGCACCCAAAAGCUAUAGAGUAAACACACUUCCAGUGCAUAUGGAAAAUCUACCAGAAUUGACUAGAUGACAGCUCAUAAAGCAAGCUUCAGCAAAUUUCAAACAAUUGAAGUCAUCCAUCUUUUUUCUGUCCACAGUAAGCUAGAAAUCAGUAAUAACAAUAAGUAAAAACUCUCAGUUAUUUGGAAUUAAAAGAGCACACGUCUAAAUAAUUCACAGGGAAAAAGCAGAAACCACUGUGGGUAUUAUAAAAUACCUUGAAUAACAGUGAAAAUAUUGUCCAUAAAAAAUGUGUGGGAUGAAGCUGAAAGCUGUUCUGAGAAGGAAAUUUGUAGAAUUAAAUGAAUAUACUUUAAAAAAAAGGCUGAAAAUCAAUGAUCUAAGUAUACAUCUCUAUAAAUUAAUAAAAAAUCAAACAGUGUGGUAGGUAGGAAGGAAAUAGUAAAAGCAGGAACUAGUGAAAUAGGAAACAAAUGGAGAAUAGAGAAAGGUUUUUUUUAUGUCAUUUGCAGGAGUUCUGCCUCCUUGCUGGUGGGAAUUCAAAGUGGUGCAGGCACUCUGGAUGGCCGUGAGGCGGUUUCUUACAAAGCUAAACAGGUCUUAACACGCAGUCCAGUAGCUGCGCCCCUUGCUACGGCCACACCACAACCUGUACAUAGAAGUUUCAGCAGCCCUAUUCGUAACUACCAAAACUUGGAAGCAGCCAAGAUGUCCUUCAGUGGGUGAUUAGAUGAAUGAACUGUGGUCCAUCCAGACAGUGGAAUGUUAUUCAGUACUAAAAAUAAGUCUAUCAAGCUAUGAAAAGACAUGGAGGAAACUUAAAUGCAUGUUACUAAGUGACAGAAGCCAAUCUGAAAAAGCUGCCUACUGUCUGAUUCCAGCUAUAGAAGUCUGGAAAAGGGAGAACUAUGGAAACAGUAGAAAGAUGAGUGCUUGCCGGGGGCUCGGGAGAGGGAGGCCGAGCAGGCAGGCAGGAGGACUUUAGGGCAGUGUACCUGCUCCAGAUGAUGCUCUCAUGGUGGGUCCAGGUCAUUACACAUUUGUCCAAACUCGCAGAAUGUACACCACCAAGAGUGAACCCUCGUGUCAACUGUGGACUUGAGGGACAUGUCAGUGUGGGUUUGUCAAUUGUAACAAAUGUGUCCUCCAGGGAUUGGCGGGUGGAGGCACUCACUGAUCUGUAGAGAAGCAGAGGGUAUGUGGGAAAUCUCUGCAUCUUCCUCUCAAUUUUGCUGUGAACCUAAAACUGUUCUAAAAACAUAAAGUCCUUUUUUUAAGUUAAUUUGAAAAGAUGAAUAAAACUGAUAAACCUGUUACUAAGUUGAUCAAGAAAA